GUAAAAUCAUCCCAUUUGUUGAUUCCUAUCGUACUAUUACUAACUUAACUUAUAGCGUAGAAUCGUUAUUUUCCCCAGAUUUUUCGCCAUGGGAAAGAAACUAUUAAAACCCUUUUAGCCACCUUCAACUUUCAAUGCCUUCUCACUUGAGAAAUCACCAUACUCAGGUAUAGAGAGUAACACAAGACUAAGAGUAUCUCAAAGAAAAAGCCUAGCGUUAGGAGUGACCAAAACCUCUCGAGUCACUCCGUCCUUUUACAACCUAAUUACCUAGUUAGUAGCGGGGGUCUUCUAUGACCCUCGCACCACAACGAAAUGCAGAUGACAGCUGCCUCAUAAAUCAAACUGUCCCGGCAGUGGCCCAGGGGGUCCUGGUGCCUAUGCCGGAGCAACUUGACGAAAAGAGUCAACUCAACUCAAAACCCCAAACCAAUCCUAGCCCCGGUGAAGAACAUGAGAGCCAGGUUGAACAUCCCCACCCCGUUGCAAAUCUCGCCGUACAACCAUCGUACGAAAGCGACGAUGACGAUGACGAUGAGGACUUCCCGGAAGGUGGCCUGAGAGCCUGGCUUGUUGUCCUCGGCUCCUUCUGCUCCAUGGUCUCGGUCUACGGUAUCAUCAACGUCGCCGCCGUCUUCGAAUCGUACUUCUCGGCGAACCAGCUCGCCGGCUACAGUUCCUCGACCAUCGGUUGGAUCUUCAGCGUGUACCUAUUCAUCGUCUUCUUCUUUGGAAUUCAAGUCGGUCCGAUCUUUGACCGCUAUGGACCUAGGUAUCUGAUCGCUAUUGGUAGCGUAAUGUGUGUUGCGAGCCAAAUGCUGCUAGGGUUAUGUCAUGAAUACUACCAAAUAAUCCUAACCUACUCCGUCCUCGGCGGUCUCGGCGGCGCUCUGCUCAACGUACCCGCAUACGGCGUAAUCGCGCACUUCUUCAAGAAGCGGCGCGGCCUCGCGACCGGCAUCGCCGCAACCUCCGGGUCCGUCGGCGGAAUCGCCUUCCCGCUGUUCCUGCAAGCCGUGAUCCCCAAGCUUGGGUUCGCCUGGGCGACGCGAUUCAUCGGGUUCAUGCUGCUCUUCCUAGCCAUCGUGUCGAACCUCCUAGUCCGCUCGCGCCUGCCCCCAAGCCCGCACCCCGUGCGCGUCAUGCCCGACUGGUCUCUCUUCCGAGACCUCAAGUUCACGCUCUGCUGCGCGGGCGUGUGGUUCAUGGAAUGGGGCAUCUUCACCCCGCUCACGUACAUCGUCUCGUACGCGAUCGCCCACGGCCAAGACUCGCGCGACGCAUACACGCUCCUCGCGCUUCUCAGCGCCGGCUCGUUCUUCGGCCGCUUCCUCCCCGGGUUCUGGGCCGAUCGGUUCGGUCGAUUCAACGUGAUCACGCUGACGAACGCGUUGUGCGUCGUCACCGUCCUCGCCUUCUGGCUACCCGCCGGUGGCUCGCGCCCGAUGCUCAUCGUGUUCGCGCUGACUUUCGGCUUCGCCUCCGGCAGCAAUCUGGGCCUGUACCCUGUGUGCAUCGGCCAGCUGUGCGAGGCUAGGGAGUACGGCCGCUUCUUCUCGACUGCCAUGAUGGUCGGCAGUUUUGGCACCUUGUCUAGUCUGCCUAUCGCCGGCGCGCUGCUGGGUCUUGGAAGUAAUGAGGAGCAGGGAUGGCUGGCGGUGAUCCUGUUCACUGCGCUGUCGUACGCUAUUGCUAUGAGCUGCUUCCUUGGCGCGAGGGUUUUGGCUGUUAGCUGGGGGGUUACAAAGGUGUAUUGAAGAAGUACGUCUAAAUGCAGGCGUUAUUUGAAGACGGGGGUAUGUGUUGUUGUGUUGCGUAAGUGAGGUGGGGGGAAGGAUUCAUGAGAGGAAGUAUGUGAAGAAAGGUGUGUUGAGACAUUAGUCGAUUUUAACAGCGGUGUUGGUAGUUGAAGGAUGGUGGUUCAAAAUGAGUACAUAUU